AUGAAUACAGAGAGAAACUUCUGGAAGUCGGCAGAACUUGAGAGGACGGUUGAAGAGGCUAAACUGGAGGACACUUUUGUCAGUGGCCGAGUCACUGGUACCUGCCUUAUAGUUUUGACACUGUUCUCGGAUCAUGUGGAAAUGCAAAGACUGUUUCAAAUAGAAGAGAUCAGUGCAGAGUUUAUGAGGAUCACUACAGUGCCCUUGGAGACCAAAUUCAUACAGGAGUUGGACAGGCAUUCCACAAAGAUAGUGCGGAUCAUACGGAACAAGGGUGGCGUAAUAAAAGAAAGGACUGGCCGUAUCCUGCAGACUUUAGAUAAGGAUAUGCCAGGUGAUGGACUGGAGCUGGGUGGAAUGGCUGUCUUAAUCAGUGACACAGACACCAAGGUUCUUAUUGAGGGCACGGAGGUCCUCACUCUCUCCCGAUGGGAGCUCUCCCCACAGCUUCCCGAGGCCUUAUCAGGCCGCCUCAGCCCAGGACCGUAUCUCAUUCUGAAGGCUCUCAGCUGA